AUGGCUUCAAAAGAAAACAAUAGUGAUGAAAUAGUAAAAAAUGACGAAACAAUUACUAUAUCCGAAUUUAUCGAACAACAAAAUUAUUUAGAACGUGAAGCAAGAGAAGUUUUACCAUGGAGUUUUGAUCAGUGCACCUACUCCAAAGGUUACAUUCGUCAACCUGUAUAUGCUUGUAAAACUUGUAAACCUGCAAAUGAAAAAUUGGAAAAUGGUGGAAUAUGUUAUUCUUGUUCAAUGUCUUGUCAUUACGAUCAUGAGCUUGUAGAGUUAUUUAAUAAAAGAAAUUUUAGAUGCGAUUGUGGUACUACUAGACUUGGUAAUAAACCAUGUAAACUUGAGAAAAAAUCUCAUGACGCGUUAAAUGAAUUUAAUUUUUAUAAUCAUAAUUUUCAGGGUCGUUUUUGUUGGUGUAAAAUCGAUUAUGAUCCAGAAAAAGAAGAGAAAAAUAUGUUUCAAUUACCAGAUUUGGAAAAUUUUGACGAAUACAUUUGUCAUACAUGUACUAGUAAAUAUACUUUCCUCAAAUUAUACAAGAAUUCACCAAUGUUCAUUCCUGGAGAAUAUAAGAAGAAAUUAGAUGAUAAAUCUGAUAAAGAGGAAAAAUCAAUUGUAACUGAUAACGAUGAUGCAAUUGAGGAUAAUAAACCUGAUGACAGUGACAAGUUGACAUGCAAACUUGAAAAAUGGAAUAAUACUGUUGUUAAUGUUAUUAAUGGUGCUGGUGAUAGUCAAGUUGAGAUUGAUUUGUUUUGUAAGCAAAAUUGGCGUGAUGAAUUGUGUCGUUGUAGUAAGUGUGUGAAUAUUUAUAAGCAAUAUAAUAUUGAAUAUAUUCUUCAAGAAGAAGAAACUUACGAACCUCCAAAGGAUGAUGAUGAAUCUCAAACUUCUAUUUUUGAAAGUGGAAUGAAAAUACUAAAUCAAAUGGAUAGAGUAUCUGCUAUUGAAGGAGCGAUUGCGUUUUCUAAACUAAAGUAA